AUGGAACUGACGCUUGGAAAAAAAGAUCAUCCCAGUGCUCCUCCUUCACGGCUUGUUCUGGAAUCUAAUGAACAAAUUCGUGUUGUAAAAUGCAUGAAAGACUCCAAUCAGGCAAUGGAGAUUUAUUCUUCAAUCGAGCAAGUACGGUCUACUUAUGGACCAAGACAACUACAGAUGAUGCUUCUAUCUCUGUCUUCUCUGUUACUUUCUGGGAUCAUUCCUGAUUUUCUUACAGAGUUUUUCACUUGGUUCUUGCCUGUUGAUGUGGGGUUAGCAAAAUUGGAGUUGAUUCUUCUUCUUCUUCUUCACUGCUUUGUUCCCUUUUUUUUCUCCCUUCAUUUUCUUUGGUUGAUUCUUGAUUUAAAUUUCAGGCCUCUUUGCAAAGGAAAGUGA